UUUGCAGAGCAAAAGUCAAACGUGCACAGGCAGCAGCUCUGGAGGACGACGCUGCUCCAUCUCUCGCGCACGGUGCACGGCGGCGCUCGGGAUGCUGCGCUGUGAGAGGAAUCAAAGCGCAGGCGUGGUGGAGUCGGGAGGGAGCCUCUAUGUUGCGCAGACUGGGUACUGUACAUGGCCAUUGAUGCCGCUGGAUGGAUGUAGCCCCUGAUGUAAAUAAGGAUGGCGAGGCCAGCGCGUCUAACGUGCCGCGUUAUCUCUGCUUGACAUCGGAACAUUUCCUCGCCGCCGUCGGGAUUUAUUUCUUUGGAGCGAAAAACAAAACGCGCGGUGCUUCUCUUUUUAUUCCGUCUGAAUCUGCCUUGACAGCUCGCCCGAUGGUUUCCGUUUGACACAAGAGCCAAGAGCAGACGGGCGGCUUCUCCUCAUAAACACUCGGGAAAAACGGGUCAUUAUGACCUUAGUAUCCUCCAGUAAAAGAAAACCAUCGGAUUGCUUUUACGCGGCAGCAUUCUGCUUGCUUUCCUCGCUUUGGAUUUCGUGCGCCGUGUCCGGAGAGGAGGAUCAUCACUUCAGCGUUGAGGGAUGGCUACAGAGGUAUGGCUACCUUUCCCGCACAGAACCGGGAAUGUCUGUCCUGCGCUCGGCACAAACCUUGCACUCAGCCAUCGCUGCCAUGCAGCGUGUCUAUGGUCUCAAUGUCACAGGGACACUGGAUGAGAAAACCAAGGAUGAUAUCACGCUGAGUUGGAUGCAAAAGCCUCGCUGUGGAGUUCCGGACAAAUUCAAAAGUGCUUCGAGGUCGCGGUCGCGGCGGUAUGCGCUGACCGGACAGAAGUGGCAGCGUACACACAUCACCUACAGCAUAAAAAAUGUCACGCCAAAGGUGGGCGCCCGGGAGACUCACGAUGCCAUACGGCGGGCGUUUGACGUGUGGCAGGGUGUGACUCCCUUACGCUUUGAGGCCGUUCCAUACAGUGCCCUGGAGGCUGGCAGGCGUGACGUGGACAUCACCAUCAUCUUCGCUUCGGGUUUUCACGGUGACAGCUCGCCCUUCGAUGGGGAGGGGGGAUUCCUCGCACACGCCUAUUUCCCCGGCCCAGGCAUCGGAGGGGACACACACUUUGACUCAGACGAGCCCUGGACCCUGGGGAACCCCAACCAUGAUGGUAACGACCUGUUCCUGGUUGCGGUUCACGAGCUGGGCCACGCCCUCGGUCUGGAGCACUCCAACGACCCCACCGCUAUCAUGGCUCCUUUCUACCAGUACAUGGACACAGAGAACUUCAAACUACCUCAAGAUGACCUGCAGGGCAUCCAGAAGAUCUAUGGUCCACCAGACAGAGCACCGCAGCCCACCAGGCCCCCACCCACGGCCCCGCCGCCUCGCUUCCACCCUCCCUCGGACCCCCGCAAGCAUGACCGCCACACCAGACCCCACCGCCCCCCACAAGGGGCCAAGCCCUCCAACCCCAACUCCAAACCCAACAUCUGCGAUGGAGGCUUCAACACCCUGGCCAUCCUGCGACAGGAGCUUUUUGUGUUCAAAGACCAAUGGUUCUGGAGGGUUCGCGAUAACUCGGUGGUCCCUGGUUACCCCAUGCAGAUCAACUCCUUCUGGAAAGGCUUGCCUCCCAAAAUUGAUGCCGUCUAUGAAAAUAGUGAAGGGAAAUUCGUAUUUUUUAAAGGAAACCGUUUCUGGGUCUUCAAGGACACAACUCUCCAGCCUUCGUACCCUCAGGACAUCUCGCUGUUCGGGAGCGGCAUGCCCACUCAGAGCAUCGAGACAGCUGUCUGGUGGGAGGACGUCGCCAAAACCUACUUCUUCAAAGGAGACAGAUACUGGAGGUACAAUGAGGAUAUGAGGACCAUGGACCUAGGUUAUCCCAAACCCAUCACCAUCUGGAAGGGCAUCCCUGACUCUCCACAGGGGGCUUUUGUCGACAAAGCCAACGGUAUAUGGUACACCUACUUUUACAAGGGGAAGGAGUAUUGGAAGUUCAACAACCAGAUGCUUCGCGUGGAGCCCACCUACCCAAGGUCCAUCCUGAGGGACUUCAUGGGCUGCGACGGCCUCCCCGCAGAGCCCGACUGGGACUGGAGCCCCCCGGCGGCAGAAGAGCGCCACUACGACAGCGGCGACGUGGACGUCGUCAUCAAACUGGACAGCGUGGGGGGCACGGAGAAAGCAGUGGCCAUCGCCAUCCCCUGCGUCCUGGCACUGUGCAUGAUGGUCCUCCUCUACACCGUUUUCCAGUUCAGGAGGAAGAGCACGCAGCGCCACAUACUGUACUGCAAGCGCUCCAUGCAGGAGUGGGUCUGAGGAUCCGACUGUUGCAUAGGGAGGGAUGUGAAGCUCUGAUAAAGGUCAAGUUAUUGCUCAAAGCCCUAAGUACUGUAAUUGGAGGCACUGUAAAGGGUGCAGUACGUGAGGAUUGCCAUGUUGGCAGAUUUUAAAAAUUGCUUGUAUGGAAAAAAAACCUGCAGGCUGCAAGGAGGCAAAACGAUCAGCAGAACUCAACUGAACACAGUGAGGGAGCCACAUCCCCUAUGUCCAGCUAAUAUGUAUGUAUCUGCUUUUUUCUGUAUCUUGGAAUGAACUCAAUUAAGUGAGACAGAGUAAAGCUCCUGUAAGUGGGACCUUUGUCUAUCCUCGUUUCUGCACGUCGCUUAAAAAGCCCCUAGCACCAACUUCAGUGGACAAAUUAGAUAUCGGCUUCUACUUUACCAUUUCUUAAUUAAAUCGCCCUGAGCUGUGCUUUUUUUUUUUUUUAAUUUAGGGUCCCCGUAAAAAGAUUAUUUAUUGUGUGGAGGACUGAUACACAAACCAAAUAUGACCUUUUCUUCCAAAGAGGAUUACUGCUCGAUGUUGUUUUUUUGAUGGGAUAUUUUUUCCUCCACGGAACGAACGUUGUGGCAUCAUGCUCCGAUUUUCUUUUUUCGCCAUUUCUAUUCAUAUCCGCCCGUCUGCUCUGUAAUCUGUGGGGAUGGGAAGCAGCCGUUAGUAAGAGCUGGGAACUCAAGACUGUUGUGGCGGUCUGUCUCCAAAACAGGGGCCAAAAACCUCUCUGCAAUAUUAAUGAGACUGCCUUAAUCACAGAUUGCUUAAACUCCCCUUCUCUUUCUCUCUCCGGUUCUCUGGUGGCGGGGGAGCCGAGCGACGCAGCAGGAAUGCAAUCAGCGAAUGAAGGCGUUGAUCAGUGUCCGUAAUGCAACUUCACAACCAGUGGUUAAGGACACUUUGAUCCACGAUUGCUCCAUUGCUUUUGAAAGCCGUGUUAAAUACUGUGUGAGAGAGACGGCGAAGGUUAGAAAGGGAGAUUAAUUACCCACAUUAUAUAUGUACUGUACUCUGGUGUCAGUUAUUGAACAGCCAACAUCCUGCUUCCCUUGUUUUCCUGCCACGUUUGGACGCUAAUACUCCAAACAAUGUUUCAGUCCGUGCAUCUUAAGCAGCUUCACCGAUCCAUAUUUUGUUUGGUUUUCCAUUUCCGUGCAAAAGGUUUUGUAAAUUUACAUGAUUCUUCACACCGCACAGGACAAAGGGAGGAAGAGGAGGAAAGGAAAAGGAGAGAGAGAAAAAAAACGACGCGUGCCCAUGUUUUUUCCUGUUUUUGAAUAAUAGAAGAAAAUCCUCUCUGCAUAUCUAGUCAACAGCAGCCAGUGCUUUUGCUCAGUUGCUCCAUCUUUUCACCGAGUUUGAACAAAUAUCUAUAGUUUUUGAGGAACUAUAAAGCAAAAAUAAUUAUUGUAAAAAAGACAAAAAAGAAAAAAAGUCUGUACAAUAAGAUGAAUUAAUCAGUAUUAAUAAAAAAAUUAAUUCUGGGUGUAAAGAAAAACCUAAAACUGGUUUUGGUGGCAUGAUCAAUAAUUGGACCAGGGUAUUUUAUGCACUGUAAUUGCAAAUAACCACCAUACUAAAACUACACUUAUGUUACAUUAAUGAAUUACUAAUAAAUAUCUAUAGAACUACUCUAACAUUGCUGAUAUUAGACAAAACUAGCAAAAUCUUUUUUUGAUUUCACCCAUAUAUAUCAUGUUAUAUGACGUUACGCAUAUAUAUCAUACAUACAGUAUAUGUUAACGCAGCAAUUUAUCAGGUAAGAAUGAAAGACAACAUGGUAGAUUUUAUAUCUGAGGUGAGAUGGAGCUAAACUGAGCAGAAGCUGUUUUUCCUCCCCAUGUAAUCUAUGAUAAACGCAGCGCACAGCCUGGAUCGCCAUGAAACUUAUUGUGUGGUUAUUGCCUUUGGUUGCCUACGGUACAUUUAACGAGAGUUUUCUUUCCCCCCAGAUAACGUGUCUGUGAGAGUUCAUGACUUGAUUUGUUUUAUAUCUGUGCUCCAUGUUUUUUUUGGUUUCUCUUUUACUUGAAAAUGGUCACCGGACAUCAGCGGCAGGACAUCUGACGCAAGCUUCCGUUGAGAUUAAAGCAACGCUAAGUAACUUUUGACUGAGCAACAGCGCCCUCUACAGCCAUAUGUGGUGAUAACUUAUGUUGGGAGUGAGUAAGUGGUUUUCAUGUAGAGAAAAAACAAAGUGCGAAGUCCAGUUAAUGGUGGAUAUUACCCAUGAUGCCGAACCUGAGGAGCUGCCGCCGUAACAAAUACACCAAACUCUGUUUAGAUUACUUGAUAUUUAAAAAAAAAAAUCCUUGCUGAUUAUUGGAGAUAAAUGCUGGUUUUUAAUUAAUUCUAAGUCUUUUUAACGGAUCUACAGUUCGGAAUUAUUCUUAAAAUGUCAGGGUCCGAUUCUGGCAAUUUAAGCUGCGACUCUCAGUCACAAAUCUCACAAGAGAUCAUACCUGCCCACUCAAGUUACCUAUUGUGAGGAGGUCAAACGUCAUUUUGAAGCAGCUAUUUAAGGUAAAACUAAAAAGUUACAUGGUGUUGCUUUAAGGCGAUGCCAUCGUAUAACAUAUCAGAGAAGAAAUCUGAGUUUUUAAAUGUUUACUUUAUCAAAAAAAAAGGGACUAAACCCGAAUCAGUGGUUUGAAGUCAUCAAUGUUGUUUUCUCUCAUCAUCAUUUAUUAGGUGAAGAAAGCUAAAAAGUAAAAAAAAAAAAAGGCAAUGCAUGUCAUUGUUAAACUAAGAUGUCACACUGACGGAUCAUUGGGAUGUUAUUGUACUAUUCAGUCUUUCUCCCUGUGGUUAAAUAAAGUGACAGCGUUCCUGCUGGACGCUCUGACAGAUCCCAGCCUGUCAUCUUUUACCAACCAUGACAUAUUACUAGCUUCCCGUCUGCCCCCCCCCAUUCGAUCUUCAGGCGUUUCUCAAAGGGAAGUAAACAUUUAAAAAGGAAGGUGCUGAAAUGCUGUGCAUAUCAGUCGGACCCAUGAGCGCUGUAAUCUACGGUGGAAACACAAAACCUUUGGCUCAGUGUCAUGUGUGACGUCUUAUGUAGGUUUGUGUGUUUAUGGUCCAGGGGUCUCAUGGCUCCAUCGAGUGUGAGUUAGAGACGGCCAGCGAGGCGAGUCCGUACUGUAUUUAUUGCUGUAUUUAUUCCUCCGUGCUCAGCACUUCAGAUCUCAAGAAGCCGUCAAUAAAGUUUGUUUGAAAUGCAACGAUUUCUUUCCCCUCACUGCUACAGAGUAAUCCUCCUCCUUCUGUUACCGCCUCAACAAACAGUUCAUCUGGUGUGAAUGUUUAUUUCCAUCACUGAGAGGUAAAUCACAUUUACAUUGGUCCUUUUGAUACUUAAAUCCACUUGCGGCGUUUUAAAUGUGGACUUAAGUGUAAGUGUGAUGUCUCGAUGCUCCGACCCCCGUCCUCCCUUCAUCUCCAGACUCUUCAGUGCUUUCUGUGUUUGCCUUGAUUCAUGCUGCUAAGCAUUAGGGCUAAUCUGGAGUGUCGUUAAAGGAAGUAGAUGGGGCUGAUUAGACCGCGGUCGAUACACCAUGAGAGGCAAGGGUGCAGAAGAAUGAGGAGUGAUUUUGCAGUUGAGAUCUUAUACACGGACACGUGGCGCGUGCACUGCGAGGCAUCGUGUCUGAGAAGUGAACAUGAGAUGUACAUAAACACAGAGUGUAAUACUGUCUGCUUGGGAGAGUUUUGUUUUUAAUCCAUCAUGAUCCAUGGAUAAAGAAAAUGCUGUGUGUUGUAAAUAAAACAAGUGCAUAAUGAAA